CGGACAGAAAUAGAAAAGCAGCACGAAAAUCAUUUAGUCGUGGCCAGCGUGUAUCUAAUCCCCCCAGUUUCGGGCAUUGUUUCUCUAUCUUAAUUCGGUGUGCAAAUAAAAUGACGCGCGUCCCGAUAAGAUCUUCCUUGAAAAGUCGAGAUUCCAGUUCGUCGAUGACCGAUCCGGAUCUCAGGGAACGAAUAAAGGAUUAUUGCCGAAAAUUUGUCGCCUUCAUGUGCACUCAGGUUGGCGUCGGUGGACUAGUGGUUGGUUACGCCAUAAUAGGUGCUUUCGGUUUUAUGAUGAUAGAGUCUCAGAGCCAAAUCCCAUCGACAGUCUGCAUUCGAGAACUAAUCAGGAAACAAUUCGCCGAAGAGCUGUGGCUCAGUACUGCCAGCAAUCGGACUAUAAAUAUCUUCGAUAAAACGACAUUUCACACGGUGUCUAACCGAAUUUUGCGUCGUUACCAAGACAACUUCACCGGCGACUACAGGAAAGAGAACUGUAGUGGCUUAACGGCAACUGAUCUGUGGUCCUUUCCAGCAGCCAUGAUGUUCUGCCUUUCUGUGUUCACGAUGAUCGGUUAUGGGACUCUGGUGCCUCAAACUCCCUGGGGAAAGGCGGUUACUGUUAUUUACGCCGUGUUAGGAAUUCCUCUUUACGUUCUGUAUUUCCUUAACAUGGGUAAAGUAUUAGCGCAAACGUUCCGCUCGCUGUACACGUGGCUGCACGAGUGCACCGGCAAACGAAAGCCUGGCCAGAGGAUCACGGUGCCGUCGACAGCGUGCCUCUGGGUAAUCUUCGGAUACGUGUUAAGUGGUUCGAUAAUGUUCGCCGAAUGGGAAGGCUGGGAUUAUUUGGAUAGCGCUUAUUUUUGCGUAACGUCGCUGUGCAAAAUUGGAAUGGGCGAUCUCGUGCCUGGGUGGACACACGGCGAUCUAACCGCUGAUAGCCAAACCAAAUUGAUAAUAAAUUUUGUUUACUUGUUGCUCGGUAUGGGACUGAUCGCUAUGUGUUAUGACUUGAUGAAAGAGGAUGUUUACGUGAAAGCUCGAGAAAUGAAAGAACAGUUCCUGGAGAUUGUUGAUGCCACUCAUUACCAGCUCGAAAUGUGCUGCAAAUCAGAAGUACUGAAUUAAUUCUAAUCAACGCUUUCAUCGUUCGACGAUUAAGCACGAAUGCCUUUCAGAAAGAUAAUUCUAACGAGACGUAUAUUUAGAUAUAGGUAUGUUGUAAAAUUCUACAUACGUGUAUUAAAUAUAAACUAAAGAUUCAUAUAUCGGACGUAAAUUUAUAAGAUUUUGGAUUAAAACGUUCAUUUUUCUUUCUUUAUUUAAUUCUCGUCGCUUAAAAAAUCGAACAAUAUUGGCAGGAGCAAUAAUGUUAUUUUGUAACAAAUAUAAAUUACGAGUUUUAGAAAUUAACAUAAUUGUAAUAUGUAAAUUUAGUUUAUUUUAACAUUUAUAAGCAGUCUUACAACUUUACCCGAACUUUUAUCUCUUUUUAUCUGUAAAUAUAAUUCCAGUUCUCUUUCCACUGUACACAUCGUUUUACAAAAUCUGAUCGAUACUCCUUAUGUCUUAUUAUCAACGCAGGCUUCUGUUUCAAUUCUAAUUAAUCGAUAUUCUUACAAAUUUGGAGGGUACGACAGAUACUUCUAGGAUUCCUGAAACACGAAAGCGUCAAGACUAUAAUCUCUAGGAUGAGUUUCAAUUCUACUUUUGUGAGCAAUUUACAUAAUAUGAUACACGAGCUUGGUAGUACACAAAAUUGGAAUAAACUCAGUACUUUAAAUAUUCUCUAUUAUUGUCAACGACUGUCUUCCAUCUUGCAGGCAGUGUAGCAGUAGAAAAAUAGCUUUAAUACAAUAAAGUCUUCGAUGUAUGUAUUUUCGUGCAUCACCGGGUGUGUUUAAAUGUUGAUCAGUAAAAUGGUGUUGUAACGAUCUAAACAAACAAUAAUAUCAUUUGGUGCUACGUGUGCAGAGUAUGUGCAAAGUAAAAAUGUGCAAUUCAAGCUGAAAAUUAGAGAUAUAUGGAAAUGAUAAAACACACACAGAUACACGCAUAUAAAAGUAUAGAUGUAUAUGAUAAUUAUAAAAUUUGUAGCCUUCUCACAAAACGACUAAAAUCUACAUUAGAUUCUAAAUCAUUUCUUUAAUAAAUGUUUCUAUUAUAUUAAGACUGGACAGUUCUACCUAUUUACUUACUUACAAUUACUCAAUCUAAUAAUUCUUGAAAUAAAAGGAGAUUUUCAUAAAAUGAUUGUGUUUUAUAAAAAAAGAAAAAGAUAUAUUACAGAAAGAAAAUCAAAUCGAAACUAAUUGUUUACCAUGAAUUGCAAGAACAAACAAUGUAGUGUAAGUGCUUAUAUAAAUUAUGUACGAGUAUGAUUAGCGCCCGAUCUGUACCACUAGAUGCCAUCAUACAAACAUUUCACAUGUUACCUCCUUUAUCAAAUAAACAAUAGUAAUUGAAA